AUGGAAGAAGGAUCCACAGAAGUCCUCUCAGUCUCCGAGCUCGUCCGACGAUCUCGCCCACUCACCGGCGGAUCAUCGGUCCUUCCCAGCCGUUCGAUCUCUUCUUCAGAACCUUCCAAUGAACCUAAAAAACCCUCCGGUCCCACAAACCCCAAAAACCCUAACUCGAAAAUCCUCAAAUCUCUGAACCACCCAACAAUCCUCGUUGGAACCCUAACCCUACCUUCUCACAACAACAGUAGCACUUCGAAUUCAACUCUUCACUGCUCAAAUACCAGUUGUUUUUCAUUCUCCGAUGGCACAGCCACCGUUUGCUGUGACCUUAUUGAUCAUCAUCCUCGAAUUAUAGGAAAAGUGAUGCAUGUUCUUGCUUGGAAUUUUAUUCCUUUCAAAUGUGGAGGUGGGUUUUUGGAAAUUAUCCGGUGGAGUGUUCUGGAAUCUUCUUGUGGACCCGAAGCAUUUGCUUUGUUUUCAGGUUCAUGUACUGACUGUAAAGAUAUUCCCAAAUCUCACUAUUACACUCACGGUUCAUUACAAUCGGUUAGCCCUCUUUCCGUUGUUCCGUGUACAAUUCGGGGGACGUGUUCUGGGUCCAAUUCUGGUGGUUCAAGAAAUAUUUGUGGUUUUCUUGUGAAUAUCUUGGUUUGUGAGUGCAAAUUGUGCCACUCAAAAGAUUCUGAAAGGGUAUUGAAAGAUUUACGUGAACAGAAAAAUAAUAGUCAUUGUUUUGAGAAACCUGUGAUUGUCUACUUCUGUGGGUCGGCUUCAUCAUGGCAUCCAGUAAUUUCCAAAUUGAUUGGGUGUGUCGUUUUGGUAUCAGGUUUGAAGAAGAAAUUAAUUUAUAUGGAGAAAGGGGAGUCUCAGUUGAUGUAUGUGACCACAGAGAAAGCUUUGUUGCAUCUUUCUAAGUUUCCAAAUCAGCGGCUUCCAAUUCCAAAGACUGUUAUUAAAGGUAGGGGAGAGGUGGGUGGAUAUGUUGGCACAGUUACAGGCAUUUAUAUGCAUGGCAUGGUUGUGGAGCUGGAUCAAGAAGUAAUGCUGUUACUAACAGACCCGCAACUCACUGUGCCACAUAGUGUGAGAGUGGGUGCUAUUGUAUCGGUGAGAAAUGUCCAUUUUGUGAAUCCCAGAUUUUCUUGGACAAAAAUACUUAUACUUGGUGCUUGCAUGAAAACUAGCAUGUAUGUGCAAUCAUUCUCCCCGAUGGUAACUGGGUGCCAUAUUGGUUCACAAUCGCAGAGCCUUUUAGGGAAAUUUAUUGACUCCGUGGUAUUUUCUGCAAGACUUUGGGUAUUACUUGUCAUCUCAUGUUUUAGGAAAAAGUUUGCGGGUAUAUUGUCUGAGAAGGAGAUCUUAGGAUCAAAACAUCCUGUUGUUCCAUCCUUUACUGUAUCAUAUUAUGCUGAGCUGAUGUGGACAGUUGCAAGGUGUUACCAGAAGGAAGGAUUGGCUCAAAAAUUUGCUAGAUCUCAUUUACCACUGUCAAACUUCCAUGUUCGGCAUGGAGUAUUUAUGGAAUACUGUAAGCAUGAUUCAUGUGGCUGUGGCAAUGAAUUGAGUUAUGGUCACUUGAAAUUGGCAGUACCCAUCUCUAAUUUCAUCAGUCACUGCGACACCUCCUGGACAAAAUUGUUGCUAGAAUGGGAGACUGAUUUGGAUUUAAUAGGUGAUGACAAUCUAUAUUGCCCUAUAUCCUGUGAAGGGAGAACUUAUGGUCCGUCAAUUAGAAGGAUUUUGCAUGGUGAAAAUAAUGUUGUUUUGCUUGGAAAAUUAGAGAUUUCCCCAUCUUCCGGGAGGUUACAGUUGAUUGAUGCAACUGGUAGCAUUGAUGUUGUUAUACCAGACCUUUCAUCAAGUUGGAAUAUCAACAGCAUAUAUGAGGUAAAUGACUUCACUGUUGUAAUGGAAGGCAUACCUGAGAAAGUCAACCAUUUGGGUUCGACCUUGAAGGAAUCAUUUUCAUGCAGAAAUAUAUUUAACAGUGUUCACUUGGGACAUUUUGAGGAGCUUAAAAGUGGAAGAUUUCACCUGCUCUGGAUAACGCACAAAUUUCCUGUGCUACAAAAGUUUCAAGGUGAUCAAGUUAUUUCAAACAGGUCAAGCAUACACGCUGAGGCCAUAAUCCUUCCCUGGGACUUGUUUCUUGCUGAGAAAGAUAGAGAUGCAUGUCCAAGUAAGCUUUCUGCGGGACACUCGAGACAACCCGCAGAAGGUUAUGCAAGUAUAUAUUAUGAGGAAUGUGUUGCUCACAAGAGAUGCAAAAUCGAUAGGGCAUCUGGUGGGGCACUGAGCUGCGGCUUAAGAGAGACAAGAAAUGGAUCAUGGUGCCGGAUGAAUUGUUGCUCAAGUGCUUGCAAGAUAUGUCAAGAGGAGUUGAAAUGUUGUGAUUUGAGGUCUCCGUGCGAACUUCCAUGCUUCGUUACUUGUAGAGAUGUUAAUGGUCCCAGUCCCAUUGGUUCAGGAAUCUUGCAUUGCACAAAAACUAAUUUAAAGGUUAAUUCUGGUUGCAAUUUGAAUGGAUUGAAGGUAUUACUGGAGUUUCACCCCGAAAGCUUUUGCAAGUAUGAGUUAUUGAGGAUUGGUGGCUAUUACCUCAUAAAGCCGCAUAAGGAAGAUCCAUUAUGUGCAUCUGAGGACUUCAAUGAUGUCAGUGGUGGUAGAAUAGUUAUCACUUCUAGAACUAAUCUGUGGAGCCUUUCAUUCUCUUCUGAUGAGGUUUUCCCUAGUGUAGAUCCAUCACAUGUUUCUUCAUUCCACAGUUCAUUUGUCAGCAGUAAGGAGUUUCUAUCUGAAGGUUCUCAUAGAAAUGAUUCUCCAUUGCUAAGAUUUAACAGUGGAUGCCCUGAAAUCUGUUCAGAUAUCUCUCUCUCUCUGUCGUCUGAUGUUCUAAGUCUUGUCGAGAUAGAUCUUAAGUCGUUGGAAGAAGGUCUAAUCAAGCCAUCUGUCUCACUUGAGGGGGUGGAUAACAUUUCUCGGGGCAUUGGGAGUAUGAUGACUACGUCUGUGCAAUCUUCUGGAACAUAUGAUGCCUAUUGCCAUUUGCCUGAGGGAAAUCUAAUAUCUUUGCAUGGACACGUGUUGGCUGUUCAUAAUUUGGAGCACAGUUCUCCAGCAUCACAUUUGAGCCAAAAGAGUCCCAGUGAUGUUCAGCGACCAAAUUUCUUUCAAAGAUUAACCAGCAGUAUUUGUAUCCAUGUUUUGGUUGACCUUCACGUUGUGAAAAUUCUUGGUGACUUGAGUCUACAUCCAUAUCCGAUUGGAUUUGGACCUGGUGUAAAUGCAACCUUCCACCGAAUACUUGUAUUGGGGCAGAAAGAACUUAUGUUGACACCUGCAUCUUUCAUUGUACUCAACUCGAUACAGACAGUCAAUGACCGAUAUAUUCUUGAGUGCAAUAAUUCAUCAGCUGCUUCAGGCUUGCACACGGCUUACACUCUGGAUACAGUUCCUGCAGCCCUGAUAUCUGAAAUACUGCAUAGCUUGGAGCAUAAAACAGUGCAAUUCCACUGCAGGGUUGUGGCUGUUUAUGUCCUGGUGCUGGAGAAGAAUAACAAAGUUGUAUAUUCCCACCCAAACAUUCAAUCCAGAUCACCUGUGAUAAAUAUUUCUCUUGCCGGUUUUGUAUUGGAUGAUGGGUCAUCCUUGUGUUGUUGCUGGGCUGAUAAGGACAGGGCAGCGACAUUGCUAAGGCUACAUGAUGAAAAUUCAGUCGGUGAUAUGGAUAAAAUUUUCAAGCAACAUGGGCAAAUUGUAGUGAGAAACUUUGGAUCCCUAUUUGAUUCUUCAUGUCAGGACCUUACAUUUUCUGGCGGUUCAGAAAAUGUUAUUAGCAGCUCGGAUGAGGACCUCCUCAGGUUCAUUUUACUUGAUGCUUGCUUCAGCAGCUUCUGGACCGUUGUUGGUAGUCUGAUGGAUUUACACGCUGUUGGACAAUUAGAGAGACGCUUAGUGGAACUGGAGAUGACAUUGCAUCCAUUGCAAAAUAUAUGGGCCACAGAAGUUUAUCACACCAACGCUCUCAGUAAAGCAAGGAAAUCAAUUCAAGAAUUGCUGAAUAGGUAG